AUGGCCUUCUACGGGUUACGCCUCGGCCUUCUGUCGUGGUUUGUCGCCUGCUCCGUCGCUGUAGACCCGAUUGUGGUUGACGGGGAACAGAGGGUCACAUUUCAAGGAUCCGAACGCAAUGGCGUCGAAGUGUUUCUCAAUAUUCGCUAUGGGGAAGACACCGGGGGGGAAAAUCGGUUCAAGCCGCCUCGCCGCUUUUUCCCAGAGGCUGGAAGUACCAUUCUGACGCAAGAAUAUGGACCAGCUUGUCCACAGCAACUCGGAGCACCGAAUAUACCCAUCGCCCUCAGCAAUGUCACAAAUAUCUCGGAAGAUUGCCUGAAUCUCAACGUUGCGCGGCCCAUAGGAACAUGCGAACUUGACACACUGCCUGUCAUGGUUUAUAUCCACGGCGGCAGCUUUUGGACGGGCCAAAACCAGGAGGCGACGAUUCAACCAGACAGCAUGGUCCUCGAAUCUGUCUACAAUGGGAUGCCCAUUAUUCACGUUGCCAUGAACUAUCGCCUGGGUGUCUUUGGCUUUGCACAGUCGAAAGCGCUCAUGGAAGAAGGCUCAACGAAUGCCGGCCUUCGGGACCAGAGACUCGCCAUUGAGUGGGUUCGCAACAAAAUCGUCUAUUUUGGGGGGAAUCCCAAUAACAUUACCAUAUUUGGGCAGUCAUCUGGAGGCCUUGCAGUUGGCAUGCAAACACUGGCAUAUGGUGGCACCAAGCCUGCUCCCUUCAACCAAGGUAUCUGCCAGAGCCAAGCGCUCGAGCCGGGCAUUACUGGUAACUUUACCAUCAACGCGAUGGAGGCUGUGGUCGACCAUGUUGGGUGCAAUCUUGCUGAUUUACACACGAAUCAGACCGUCGAAUGCCUGAGGGACUUGGACAUGGAGACUCUCUUGAACGCCUCCUUGGCAACCUACGAGAGCGACAUCGCACACAACAUCGGUGACAUCUGGCUUCCAGUCGUUGACGGCGACUUCUUACCUGCUCCCCCCUCGCAGCUCUUGGCUGAGGGCAGAUUUUCCAACGUGACAACCAUGAUCGGUUGGUGUGAAGAUGAUGUGACUUUCUUUACAGACACGGCCAUCAAGACACCCGAAGAUACCCGCAAGUUCAUAUCGUCAUACGUUCCCGAUGUCACUGAGUCCAACAUCGACAAACUCCUUCUUCUCUACCCAUCCUUCGAAUUUUUGGACAACGAAGAGCAAGGGUUAUCAGCUGAGUUUUACCGUUCAGCACGCAUCUUUCGAGAUAUCCUCAUGGUUUGUCAACCAGUCUGGUACGGCGAACGUCUUGCUUCCAAGAGAAACGAGGUGUUCCUCUACGACUGGAACCAGACGAUACUGGAGCCUAUCAUAGCCGAGGUCACGGGAAAGACGGGAUUUGGCACGAUACACACGUCUGAGUUUGCAUACAUCUUUGGAAACCUGUCUCACUACAACGUCAGCGGCUAUCCUUUCCAUCCAACAUCAUCAGACUACUCCCUCAGACAACGUGGAACGAGAUCAUGGUCAACAUUUGCCUCCACUGGGAAACCAGGCGCACCCGGACGCAAGACCUUUCAAGGCUUCAACGUCUCAUAUCCAAUUGCGCCCAUACCGUACGAGGUCGAUCCUGACGAUGAAGAAUACGUCAUUCUCUCCACGGGAGGCAAAGGCGCACGACGAGUUCUGCUCCCAAAGUUCCUUGAACAGCAGUCCAGAGAGAAUGAGACGCAUGUAUACGAGGGGUUAAAAAGCGCAUGGCGGAAAAAGGUCAACGAUACAAACCCUGCUGACAAGGAGAUGUACGUGUUUGUCAUUGGUGGCCCUAAUGAAGGGCUUUCGGACUUUGGGGGAGACAAGGCGCAUCUGGCUGUGAAGAGUCAGUGGUUGAGGAAGAGGUGUGCUUUUAUCAACUCGCCUGAGAUGAUAGCGCAGCUCAAGUACUAG